ACUUAUACUAGCGUAGUGGUUUCUUCUCAGCACCGAAUAUAGAAAAAUAAACUGAAAUAAAGAAUUUGAAUAACAUUUUAAAAGUGCAAUUUGUUUUUAAAUUUAAAGAAAAGUGAAAGUGCAAAUUUAUGAUUUCUUUUGGAAAAUAAAAUAACUCGUACUCAAAUAUUUUAAACAACAAAUAACAACAAUGUAACUACGAACUCCAACAAACAACCAAUUGUAACGAAACAUAUCAUACAUAUUCAAGUUUUAAUUUAACACAAAAUCUCUACAUUUCUUGCUUUAAAACAAAAACAUUUUAGUAACACAAAUAUAACAAAUUUAAAAAUAAGUACAAAACAAGAAAAGGAAACAGAUUUGGUGUAUUUACAAAUAAAGGACUAAGCAGCAUAAAUAAUCUCUCUACUCUUUAAACUGUGUAUGAGUGUUUGUAAGUGUUAAUGACAUAAGUAAUGCUGCUUCGUCUUAAAAGGGUGUUUAUGUGAAAAAACUAAUAAACAAGAAACCUUAAAAACCAAUAAGUUGUGAUAAAUUCAAGAAAAAAAAAACUUUUUAUUUUACUUUAAUUUUUUUCCUUUCUCCUUUUUUCCUCUCACUCAAAUAACAACAGACUUAAGACAAGUGUAAAACACUCAUUUAGUUUCUUUUCUUUUGACUGAAAAGAAGUCAUUUGUUGUUACGAUUUCUUUUGAUUUUCAAGUUCAGCAAGUGUUUAAGUGCAAAAAAAAUAUUUAUUUUUUUCGUUCACAAAGUCGUUUACCUUUUAAUUCUUUGUUGUGUUAAGUUUUCCUUUCUUCUCUUCUGUUUGGAAGAAGUAAAAUUAAUUAUUGUAUUAAGAAGGAACUUUAAUACAAAAUGUCGUUGCUGAUGUGGCGUUUAACCUGGCCACUUUUUAUAGCCAUUAUGCUGUUUGUGGUCAAUGUCAAAGCCAUCGAUUUAAGUCGUCUGUAUGGUCACAAUAUGGUGCAGAAACGUAGUGAAGCCUGUCAUCCUUAUGAACCAUUUAAGUGUCCUGGUGAUGGUAACUGUAUAUCAAUACAAUACUUGUGUGACGGUGCUCCAGAUUGUUCGGAUGGCUAUGAUGAGGAUGCAAGACUAUGUACAGCAGCCAAACGACCACCUGUUGAAGAAACCGCCUCAUUCCUGCAAAGUCUUUUGGCCUCACAUGGUCCCAAUUAUUUGGAAAAACUUUUCGGCAGCAAAGCUCGUGAUGCUCUCUCACCCUUGGGCGGUGUGGAAAAGGUCGCCAUUGCUUUAAGUGAAUCUCAGACUAUAGAAGAUUUUGGUGCAGCACUACAUUUAUGCGGUUGGUUCUUGUGCUCCGAUUUGGAACAUUUGCGCUCAGUAUUCAUGGCUGUGGAAAAUGGUGACUUGGGCAUGUUGAAAUCUCUGGGCAUCAAAGACUCCGAACUGGGUGAUGUUAAGUUCUUUUUGGAAAAAUUAGUCAAUACCGGUUUCUUAGAUUGA